AUGAAAGAUAAUAUAAAUUUACUUAUAUUGCUCAUAAUGUAAUAAACUAGCCAGAGUCGUCUACCAUUCAAUCCUCCUGGAAAGAAACUUGGGGUCUAUCGCUUUCAUAACGAGAUAGGCAGAGGUAAUUAUGGAGUGGUGUAUUUAGCAAGUGAUGAUAAAGGAAACAAAUAUGCAAUAAAAUCAAUAAAGAAAGAAAUUUUCAAAGAAAAUGGAGGUAUCAUUGGAGAUCUCAUUCGAAAUGAAAAGAAUGCACUGCUCUAAAUCAAAAAUAACCACGUCGUGAGAAUAUAUGAAUACAUUGAGUCUGUCAAUUAAGCUUAUAUGAUUCUUGAACUUUGUGAUGGUGGGAACUUUGAGGGUUAUCUGGCUUGUAAGAAAUUUUAAAUCACAGUUUAUGAAGCUGUUUAAUAUAUCAAAUAAAUUAUAUAAGGAGUUAAUGCUUUACAUGAAAAAAGGAUUAUUCAUAGAGAUUUAAAAUUGAGUAAUAUUCUGAUGAAAGACAAUUCUGCUCUAUUAAAGAUUGCUGAUUUAGGAUUCUGUCAUAUACUCUCUGACUAUGAAUCUCUUGCUAAAUUAAAUUUAGGAACCAUAGGAACCAAGGCACCAGAGAUUAUCCUAAAUAAACCUUAUGAUUGUGCUGUUGAUAUUUUUUCCACUGGAGUGAUGUUUUAUUAAUUGCUUUGUGGUGGAAACUAUCCCUUCCAUCCAACCACUGAGGAAGAAUACCUAGACUAAAUAUUAAAAGGACGUAAAUCAUUUAAAGUAUCAUAGCGGAUAAUAUAACCUUUUAAUCAUAAAAUGAAGCUCCGCCGUAAGAACUUUAGCAAUUAAUUAGAAGAAUGCUUCAUUAUAAUCCUGAACAAAGAUUAAAAUGGAGCGAAAUGUUCGAUUGUUCCAUUUUCAAAACAAGUUCAUCAUUAUAAUAUUUAAAAAGCUCUUUAAUUAGAAACUCAUUUAGGAUUUAAUUCUAGAGUUUAGGACGUUAAAAAAAUUUAGGAUUUCUACAUUCAAAAUUAGGAGAAAAUAGUUUCAAUGGUUUCCCCUAAAUUUGCAGAUAUUGGCCAUUUCACCUUCCCAGAUGAAGUUGUAAAUAGAUCCUUAACAGAAAAAGAACAAAACUAAUAAAUUGUUGCUAAUGAUAUUUAAUAUGUUAGUACUGUAAGUUUUCAAGAUAAGGAUGAAAUUCAAUAAAUUCAACAAGACAGUUGCAAAAUAAAUGAACUUUUUGAAAAAUAUUUAACACUCCACUAAAUUGUUUAUGAUCUUAUUCACAAAACUAAUCACUUAAACGUAAAGUAAAUACUUUUUCCAAUCCUUAUAAUAUCUAAAAGGAUAUUUAAACUAUAAAAGGAACUAAUUAAAAUCAUUGAUAAAGAUGGAAAUAUAUUUGAUUCACCUUAUUAUAAUAGCUUAAUCAUUACUGAUUAAUGGAAGGUUUUAAUUGAAGAAAUGCUGAAUAGCAAGAAUUGGAUUUAUGAAUAAGUAUAACAUAACAUCAAAACUUUCUAUUUAAAUAUAAAUCAAAGACCAGAUGAUUAUAAAAAAAAAUAUGUAUAAAGUGAAUGGCUUGAAGAGGCAGAUGUAUAUUUUUCAAAAGAAAACUUUGAUAAUAUUUUUUAAUAAUGCAUAAAUCGAUAUAUCGGUUAUUUAAUUCAAGAUAUAUACUAAGUAGAGAAGGAUUAAAUAAAAAAAAAGAUUAUUAUAGUCUAUUUAGUAAAGAUUUUGACAGUUAAUGAAAUAGAGGUCGAUGAUAUACCUAUAUAUUAAUUAGAACCAUUGCUUUAAAGUAAAAAUGUAGAUAAACUCUUUUAAGAAUCAUACUCAAUUUAUAUGUAAAAAUAAUGA